UUACAUUCAGCCUUCUUCGGAGCCAGCAAGUACGGAUAUACGCUACUACUAAAUAGCUGGCGACUAAUUAACCAAAAAAAAUACUUAAAACAAGAAAAAAUUCAAGUGUCUUAAUUUCUUGAAAAAAAUAAUUCUCCAAACGAUUUUUUAUUGUGAAAAAAUAGAUUUUCGGAUAAUUUCUGAAUUUUCGCAACAUUUUUUCUUCUAUUAAUUCGUUUGGUUGUUGAGAGUGUGGAGUGGAGUGAGUGAGUGUGUGCGUUGUGAAUUAUAGUGUGUGCUCUGCCAUCAAUACGUUUUUGUGUACGUGGAAGCGAGAGGCAUAGUUGCCGUGGUGGAAAAAUAUUCAUUCAUACAACACACAGGAUAUCAUCUUCAUAAGACACAAGAAGCAUAAGAAUUAAAGGAUUCAGCAACUACUGCGGGGCAUAUAAAACGCACACGUACGCAGUCAUUUGCAUAAGGCUACUCCCCAACAACAACAACACCACACUGCCUUCGUCGGAGGAAGUGAAUGAAGGAACGUGCGGCGACGAACUUGAAAGGAUUAUAAUUGAAAGUCAGAAGUAAGGAAAGCCCUACCAACAACCAAUUGCAGGAGGAGGGAGAGCAGGUUCAGCAAUCCAUUUAUUCUCCCUCAAUAUUUGAAAAGUAAACAACAACAAAACCUAGAGCGUUGACGCUUUAAAACGUUCGCACACACACACACACCCAGUCCCGUGCUAUACCUGUGCUCUGCAUUGCAUGGAAAAUGUAAUUUAGCAUUUCCAAUAGCUCGGUCAUUUUUUGGAACAACAUAAAAUGGAUACUGUGAGCAAUUUUGACAAUCCUGGUGAUUGUCAGUCAAAAAACCUCUCACCCAGAGUGGGCAAUGAAAACAAUAGUCCUGCUAUGCAUGUUGCCAACCUGGCGGACCAUAAGAGAGUUGAGGGUGCAACAGCAGCAGCAAUUGUCGAUAUGGAAGGAAAACCGACAUCUGCCUCAAUGCCCCUGGCAACAAAUAAAUUAAAAUCACAACAACAGCAGCAACAUCAUCAAUUUCGUGCACCACAACAAUUUGUUAAACAUAAGAAAGCUUCCUCUUCAACGUCAACGCCAUCAGCGACAACAACAGCAACAGUAACUGCCACAGCCAACGCCUCAAGUCUCAAUAACAACAAAAAGAACAAAUGCUGGAAUAAACGCCAAAACAGAACUGCCAAACACAAUACUGGUUCCAGCAACAGCAGCGGCAGUGGCGGCGGCGGCAGUUGUGGUCCCCAAACCGCUGCCACCACAAACAAUCCAUCCUCACCGCCCAAUGUCCAAUCCAUGGCUGAGGAAAAGCCCGGCUUAACCAAAGCCGAUGUUGAAAAUAUUCAAAAUUUGAAAAAUCAAGGGCACAACUAUUAUCACAAUUAUCCGCAUCCGCACUACAGCAGCAAUCACCAUGGCCCUGGUGGCGGCGGCGGCGGAGGUGGCAUUGGAAAUAUGCCGCCUAAUGACAACCGUUUAGGCUUGUCAUUAUCAUCGGCCGAUAAAUUGGGUUAUGGUCAUGGCCAUUUAAAGACACAGCAACAACCAUUGCAUAAAAAGCCUUUGCCAUCGCAUCGUGGCGGUGGUGGUGGCGGCGGAGGAGGAGGAGGCGGUGCUGCAGGUGGUGGUGGCGGCGGCCAUAACAAUCACAAUCAUCACCAUCAUCACAUUCUGUGUGCUGGUUCGGCACACAAUACAAUGGGUUCAGGCGUGGGAAACAAUGCCGGCAGUGGUUCUGGCGUCAAUGCCAAUAAUUUGUCCUGCUGUCACAUAAAUGGCUGUGGCAGCCACAUGGGCAAGGAUAAUCAAGCUUUAAACAACAACUCCAACCCCAACAAUUCAUCGGCAUCAAUACAAUUUUGUUGCAUACGUUCCAAGUUCUUUUUGCCGGACAAAAGGCCACGAAAGGGCAAUUUUAUACCGCCCACAAAAUUUCUCUUGGGAGGCAAUAUAUCGGAUCCGCUGAAUUUGAGUUCACUACAGAAUGAAACUGGCGAUACAUCAAUCAAAAUCACACCGGCCACCACGCCACGGCAAUCGCCAAUUACCACACCGCCCAAGGUAGAGGUUAUUAUACCGCCCAAUAUACACGAUCCAUUGCAUCUGUUGGAUCCUGUGGACUCAACGGAAUAUGAAAAACAACUAACCUCGCCCAUGAAGAGGGCCGUAGUCGGUGGUGUUGGUGGAGGUAUUUUGGGUUUACCCUCAGCCGGUGUGGGUGGCGCCAUCAUUUUGGGUCUCCGUGGAGCUCAAAACAGCAAAGCGCACAAACAUCGCCAUCGCAAGAAUCGCAAACCGAAACGUAAACGCUAUGACUCUUGCAAUUCGACCACCAGCACUCUGGGAGAUGCGCUCGACGACAUUACACCAAGUGCUCUGAUCAAUGCCUCGUCAUCAACUGAAAAGGGUUUGCUUUCGGUUUCAUUGGAGGCAGAAAACAAAAGCCAAGACCAAAACAACGAAGGUGGCGUCAGUAGUAGUGGUGGCGACGACGACGACAAUGACAGGCCAGAGCGUAAUUUAUGUUCACCACAAGAGCAGCUCUCACUUUCACACAACACUGCUGACACAAAGGUCGCCAAUAUUGAUGUGGAUACAACGAGCCAACAAACCAAGUCACCAACACCGACACCCGUAACACAACUGGCACAGGAGCCAAUGGAUAGUAGUGGUGCUGGUAUGGUUGGCAGUGUUAGCACCACCACCACAGCCAUUAGUUUUGGAGAGUUUCGAGAGCGCGCAUGUCGAGAUUUACGUUUGGAUUUGAUAUCCACCACAGGUAGCAACUCAUGUGGCAAUUCUGUGGUUAGUAGUACAGGUUGUGGUGGAGGCGGUAGGAAACGUAAAAUCAGUGAGAGCAACAAUUCCCAAAAGUCCAAGAAAUAUUUUCGCAAUGAUUCCAUGGACAAAAUUGUCAGUCCCGUUGUACCACAGCCAGGUGCUUGGAAACGGCCACCGAGAACAACAGCCUCGGGUGCACGUAAAUCCUCAAACAGACGUUCCAGAUCGAUAAGCGAAAGUAACACCGCAGACCUAAGUCCUGUGGAAGAAAAUGCCAAAGCUUUGGUGGAGGAAAUACCCCGUGAUGACACACCCGAUUUGAUGAAGGUAGAUUCCACAUCAGAAUUUAGUGCUCUGCUUGGUAGUCCUCUGAGUACGGCUUCGGGUGGCACAUCCAUAAAUGCUGGGGAGGGCGACAAUAUGGCAGACCUUUUGAAUGAAACAGGCGAUGCCAGCAAUGCCUUAAAAUUGGCCGAAAAUGUCAAGAAGGAAAUGGAUUCUAUGACCGUGUCCACCAUCAAAAGCAUCAAACCCAAAUUUCUACCGGACGGCAGCAAAUAUCGAUAUGGCAACUAUGAUCGCUAUGCUGGUCUGAGACACUUAAAUGAAUUCAUGGAUAUUCGCCUGCAAGUUUUCAUGCAAUAUCCGGAAUUAUUCAAGAACAAAGACAUUCUGGACAUUGGCUGUAAUGUUGGCCACAUGACCAUAUCGGUGGCCAGGAAAUUGGCACCCAAAUCUAUUUUGGGUAUUGAUAUAGACAAAGAAUUAAUAGCCAGGGCGCGAAGAAAUCUGGCAAUGUAUGUUCGCAUACCGGUGGAGACGUGGAAAAAGGAAAACGUUGAAGUUCCCGAAGCAGAUGUUAAAAAUAAAGACAAAUACGUAAAACUCAAGGCGGGAAGACGUAGGCGUAAAAAGAAAAAGAAUCGAACGGACAUAAGUCAGCAACGCAACAACAUGAAUUGGGGCCACUUCCAACAUCACCACCUUAUGCAUUAUCCACAUCACCACCAUCAUCAUCAUCACCAUCAUCAUCACCACCACCAUCACCAUCCGCAUGGCGCUGCAACGACGGAGCAAGUCGGUAACAAACUUGAUGCCACAGAAUUCUUUCCCAUAUCAUUUCCCCUGUGCUAUGGUGGCAUAACCCAAUCCUCAGCAAAAAUGGCUAGCCCCCAAAAUCUAGAAUCUCAAUCACCUGCCUCGACCACAACCAGUGUAAGUACUACGACCAAAAGUACACCUGGACACCCAGCAAGUGGUGGUGGUGGUGGUGGCGGCGGCGGUGCAAAGCAACAGAACAGCCAAAAUUCUUCGACCAAUGUUCGAACACAAAUGUCGAAUUUGAAAAAUGAAUUUCCCCAAAAUGUUUUCUUUCGUCAAACGAAUUAUAUACUCAAAGAUGAAAAUCUCUUGGCCAAUGAUACGCAGCAAUAUGAUCUCAUAUUAUGUUUAUCGGUUACCAAAUGGAUUCAUUUGAAUUUUGGUGAUGCCGGUUUGAAAAUGGCCUUUAAACGGAUGUUCAAUCAACUGAGGCCGGGUGGCAAACUCAUUUUGGAGGCACAAAAUUGGGCUAGCUAUAAGAAAAAGAAGAAUUUAACGGAGGAAAUCUAUAACAAUUACAACAAUAUUGAAUUCUUCCCCAACAAAUUCCAUGAGUAUUUAUUGAGUUCUGAAGUUGGUUUCAGUCACAGCUAUACAUUGGGCAUACCGAAACACUUGAGCAAAGGUUUCAGUCGACCUAUACAGCUUUAUGCCAAAGGUGAUUUUACUCCAAGUCAUAUACGGUGGUCAGAUGCCUAUUAUCCACAAACGCCAUUUGAAGCAUAUCGUGGAAUUUAUGCCACAAUGCCACCACGACCUACGGGCAUGCAAUCCUCGUAUCCUCUGCUCUCCUCAACCAGAUCACAGAACUAUGAUACACCACAGUAUACGGGAGGAGGAUCAGGUCCUUAUAGCUGUCGCCAGACACCAAUGCAUCAACCAUCAACUUCGCAGUACUACAAUCCCCUGGAAUCGGAUUCAUAUCAGCCCUCUUACGAUAUGGAAUACUUAAAUCACAUGUAUGUGUUUGCCUCACCCCUCUACCAGACGGUGUGGUCUCCACCCACAAGUAUGCGUAAAAGUUCAUCACACACGCCAGUUUUUGGCAGUGUUCGGGAUGCUGAGUUAGAGGGUGAUGGCAAUGCCAUGCCAGGUGGUAGUUAUCACCGUCAUGUAUAUCCUCCAAAUGAUGAAAUUUCAUCACCAAAUGCCAAUUCCGGAAAUGCUUUCAAUUCCAUACGUGAUCCCGAUACAGAUGAUUCGAAUCAACAGAGACCACAUGUUUAUGCAACCAAUUGUGGCGAAAGCUCAUCAUCGCCACAUCCACAUGGUGGCAUGAAUCCCAGCGACACUGAAGCUGUCGAUGAUAGUUUAAUACUGGACGAGGAGAGUCGAACAAAUUGUUGUGAUUUAAGCGAAGCUUAAGCGAGCAACAGCUUUUCACAAGUCAAACGUGAACAUGCAAGGCUCUAAAAAGACCAGUUUUUGAUUUCAAAGUCAAAUCAAAACAAGCCAGGCCUUUUGUGCGCCCAGCUUUUUGAAGACAAAUAUUUACAUAAAUUAGAAAACAAGUCUAAAACGCUUAUUAAUGAUAUUUUUGUAUUUGAGAGAAUAUUACACCACUAUAUACAAAAAUAUUAUACAUUGAAUUUUAUGUAAAAAAAACAAAACAACCAGAAAAAAACAACAAAACAUUAAAUAAGUUUAGAAAUAUUUAUACAUUUUUAUUAUUUUUAUGAUUUUAUUUUUUUGUAAAGCCGGGGUUACAAAUAUUUUAUAUAAACAUAUAUUUAUUUGUUUCGAGAUAUAUAUAUAGAGUAUACAUAUAUACAAAAUAAAAUUACCUCCUUAAGGCUAUACGUAUUGAAUAUUAUACACAUACGUACAUACAUAUAUUUGUAAUAUGGAUGGAAUGCGUCAUACAUAAUCGAAAGAUUUAAAAAAUAAAUGAAAAACAAAAAUGUUUGGAACUACUUUCAAAAUUACGUUAACAAUUUUGUGUUAGACAUUACCUACUACCCCCUCACAUUAUGCCCACCACCACCCACUAUGUUUAAAGAAUAUAUAUAUACAUUAAU